CCAGCUGUGUUCUGAGCGGCCUUCAGUGUGGACAGACGCUUAAUGUCUCAGUGGAAGCGUCCUCUGGCAUCUGCAAUGGACCGCACAGCCCUCCACAGACUGUUCAGACAGCACCCUGCUCCCCUCAGAGCUUAGCAGCAGUGAUAGACUGUGGAUCAAACUCUCUGCUGGUCUCCUGGAAUUCCUCUCUUGGUGCUUCCAGCUACACAGCUAAAGUUGUGGGCCCAGAUGGCUUCUCUAAGACGUGCUCCUCAUCAGAUCUUAGUUGCUCUUUUUUCCACCUGCAGUGCGCCACUCAGUACAACAUCACAGUAGCAUCCGAGAACAGCCUCUGCACCAGCGCUCCCAUUCAAACUACUAUCACAACAGGACCAUGUGACUCCGUUAACGUGACCAGCGUCCUGCACUGUGGCUCAGACGUGGCCACGGUGUCCUGGAUUGCAUCUCCCGGAGCUGUGACCCACACUGUGCUCGCUCAGGAUGGCACAUCUCAUGAUUAUAUUUCCUGCAGGACUAACACGACUUCCUGUCAGCUGAAGCAGCUGAAGUGUGGGAAAGUUUACAACCUCACAGUCAUGUCUGAGGACGCCACCUGUAACAGCACUGGAGCAAGCCAACAUGUUAUAAUGACAGCUCCAUGUCCUCCCACUUUCAUGAAUAACACUCUGAUCUGUGGCACCAAUUCCUCUUCUCUGUCAUGGACCCCGGUGGCUGAUGCUACGGGUUACACAGUUGACGCCACAGCUUCAAACGGGCACAAAGUGUCGUGUAGCUCAGCCACUGCUUCAUGCACACUGACUGAUCUUCAGUGUAGUGAGACCUACACGGCUACAGUGACUGCACACGGCAACGAGUGCGACAGUGCGCCUGGAACCAGCACCAGCAUCACCACAGCUCCCUGUUCUCCAGUUAUCAUCUCUAAGCAGUAUACCUGUGGCACCAACACAGCAGUGUUCAGGUGGACUGACCCUGCGGGAAGCCUCGGUUUCCUCACUCAGGUAGAAGGAGAAGGGCAUCAGGAUGGCUGCCACACGACAAAUACCAGCUGCGUGUUUGAAAAUCUCCCCUGUGGCUUGGAUUUGAAUGUAACAGUCCAGGCUCAGGGGGCGCAGUGCAACAGCAGCCCAAGUGUCAAUGAAUCCUUAGAAACAGUCGCGUGCGCCCCACAGAACGUGAGCGCUGCUCUGCUUUGUUUGAAUCAUUCAGCCCUGGUGACGUGGGUGGGAAGCCCCAUUGCUAUAGGAUACAAUGUGACAGCAACAGCACAGGAUGGACACACCCACCACUGCUAUACCAACUCUACCAGCUGUCAAGUCCUUGACAUCCACUGUGGUGAAACCUAUAGCAUUACGGUUACACCUUACUCUCAGACAUGCACAGGAAAUCCAAGUGCAGCCUACAGCUUUCAAGCAGGCCAUUGCGCUCCUGGUAUCAUCACCGUGUCUCCAGCUUGUGAAGGCAACAGCACAGUCUCCUGGUCUCCUGUAAUGGGAGCUGAUAUGUACAUAGCAACAGCAGUGGCAGAUGAUGGACACACUCAUACCUGCAGCUCAAACUAUUUAGACUCAUGCAAUUUCACUGACCUCCACUGUGGGGAAACCUACGCUGUCACUGUUGUCAGUGUGGACAGGGGCUGCUGGAGCGAGCCAAGCUCAGCAGUGCAGCUCAGGACAGGUGAGAGAAAGCUGGAAGGAGCAUCUCUGUGUUUUGGGGCCUGUAGGUUGAUUUAGUAAAAAGUAACAACAAUACUGAAACAUUUGAUUUGCUCACUUUCUGUAUCAUCCUAGCUUUGUGUCCACCCACUAACUUGACGGGUCAUGUCAGCUGUGAUGCCAACGCACUGACCCUCACUUGGGAUCCGGUGACUGGACCUAUCUGUGUCUUACAGUAUGAGCAGAUAGGCGGCACA